CCACUCCUGAGUGACAUUGGCACUGGCCCCACCAUCCAACAGCUCCUCCCUGCCUGUGAAUCCUGUGAGAGAUUGUGGCCACUGACUACCCUGACCAGAAGCUGGUGGCUUAAGGAGCCUAGGGCAUUUAACUGGUCUCCUGUGGUGAAAUAUAUUUGUCAUUUUGUUUGUUUCAGGGAGAAGUGGGUGGAGAAGGAGGAGAAGUCGAGACAGAAGGUCAAGUAUGUCCAGAAGUGUGACGGGACCCAAAGCUAGCCUUUGGGCCCUGUCUCUCUGCCCCAGGCUGAUUGCCUACUCACCACAUUUUGCCUGAAUGUGGCUUGUAAAGACUUUCCAUGCCAGCAAACCCUGAAGAACCUCAACAGCCCAUUGAAACCUGGAGGUUCCUUGGUGUUUCUUGAUGCCCUUAAAUGCAACUACUACAUGACUGGUGAGCAGAAGUUCUCUAGUCUCCUUUCUACUCAGGAGGAAACUGAGGCUGCGGAGAAAGCUGGUUUCAUGAAUGAACAGCCUGAGGUCAUCCCUCAUUGUUAUUCCUGAGCCUACACAGGUAAGGAAGGGAUUCUCUACUUGGUGGGGAGGAACAAAAUAAAUCCAUGGGUAUUCAAGGUUAAUCAUAUUCUUCUUUUUCACCAAAGGUAAAUUUGUCAAAACUCAGUUUUUCUAUGGCUGUGGAUAAAACCUCUUCUACGCCUUUUCCUAAUGGCAAGGUGUGAGGUAUGGGCUGCUUGCCUCUGGGGUAUUGGGGCCUGGAUAAAUUGUCUGAAAGGC